AUGGCCAAGCAGAUGAAGGCAGAACGCUUAGCUGGCCUCAGGUAUCCACCACAGUGCGGAGCAAGAGCCAUCAUCAGCACACAGCUGAAGACUAUCAUGAAGGUUAGAGCUUGUACAAGAAGGGAGUUUACUGUCAUCUUCCUCUUUCUGGCUGUGGCUGCCUUAAUCUUUGGGCUACGUAACAUGGAGGUCCUGGAGCAGUUUCAGCAUAAAGUGAACUCCACUAUCAUCAUCCCGAAAGUUUCCGCUGACCCAGACAUGAACAACGGCUUCUGCACCUUCCAGCCACUCUCCCCUGAGGACGCUCUGGAGGAACGCCUCCUACUAGACUCCAUUGCUUGGCCUGAAACUCCACUUUUGCCAGGUCCUUUCUCCCUGGAGAAUACCAGUGAUCCAGCUCACAGCACCUUCACCAUUCUCCCAAGGAGGGGAGGAGGACAGUGGCAUGUAGGGGAUCAGCUGGAGGUCAUGAUAACAAUGUCUGACUUCCAUGGUCAUCUCAAGAAGUCUGGGGGGGACUUCUUACUCGCCCGACUCCACAACAUGAAGCUUGUUGCAGGUGUAGCUGGGCAAGUGGUGGAUCAUCUCAAUGGGAGCUACUCUGCUGUGUUCUCUUUACCCUGGGAAGGAGACGCGCAGGUUAAGGUGAUGCUGGUUCACCCUAAUGAGGCUAUCACAGUGCUGAACAGGAUAAACAGAGAACAGCCCGACAGGGUUUUCUUCAAGAGCCUCUUCCGCUUAGGCUCACUCUCUGAAAUUACCAUCUGUGACAUCUGCCUACGUCCAACCCAGCAGCCGCUGUGCAACUUCACUGACCGUCUUACAGGCGACCCUUGGUUCUGCUACAAGCCAAAGAACCUGAGCUGCAAUGCCAGGAUCAACCACGUCAUGGGAGGAAUCAAAAAAAAAAUUAAAGAAAAUGAGACGAAGCUCUUUCAAAGUCGUGUCAACUUGAAAGUCGAAAUUCGGGCUUCAGGACCUGCCAGCGUCACUGUGUUGCCAAAACAGAAAGAUCAACCACAGUUGAAAAGCAGCAUUGUGACAUCUGGACCCUCUGGCUAUUACUACCAGGGUGCAUGGCGAUCAUUAAAUGGCCCCACAGUUCGCCAAUUCAACAUCUCUGACAUCAGUCCAUGUCUGAAAGGCAAGGUGGUCCACAUGUAUGGAGACUCCACCGUCAGGCAGUUUUUUGAAUAUCUCAACGCAGUACUACCAGAUCUUAAGGAGUUUGACCUGCACAGUCCGAAGAGAGCUGGACCUUACAUGGCCUUAGACUAUGCAAACAAUAUCAGGGUAACAUACCGCUUCCAUGGUCCUCCUAUCCGUAUUGUCACUGUCCCAACCAGGGAGCUUCGUCACAUUGCAAAUGAAAUAGAUGGUUUAAUUGGAGGCACCAAUACUGUUGUACUUUUUUGUGUCUGGGCUCACUUUGGCCCUUAUCCCAUGGAGCUCUACAUCCGGAGGCUGCAGAGCAUCCGCAGGGCGGUGGUGCAGCUGCUGGACAGGGCUCCCGGCACAGUGGUCAUCAUCCGGAUUGGGAACCCCCAAGAUUUGACGGUUUAUUCGUCGCUAAGCAAAAGUGACUGGUACUCACUGCGGUUCAACAAGGUGCUCAGACUCAUGUUCAAAGGACUGAAUGUUCAUCUGAUUGAUGCCUGGGAGAUGGUCCUGGCCCACUAUCUGCCACACAUACUCCACCCACCACCUGCCAUUAUUAAGAAUAUGAUGAACGUUAUCUUGUCCUAUAUAUGCCCUGCAAAGAGCAGCUAG